AUGUCAGAGUGCAACUUCAGCGAGCAGGAGGUCAGCGCCAGACCCCUUUUCAGAGACAUCUUGCCACACUACUGGAACCAGCUACAGGUCUUGUCUGUGGAAAUCGACAACUGUUAUGAGUCCGUGGAUGGAGAGCUACUUGAGCUGGUGAUGACGUGCUGGCAGUUACACUCCCUGAUGAUCAAUGCUUACCUGGACAUCGACUUUGUGGAACAGGUGCUUGAAUACUGCCAGGAGACCAGAUGUCCUCUAAGGACCUUUGAAGUAAGACAAUCAGCCUCGUCAUGGAUAGCUUGGAAUUAAAUCAUUUUGUGUUAGCUUCAAACGAGUCGGCAGAGUUCUAAU